GCGCUAUCCACAUUCUCCUUACCGUUGGAAUGAAUUUCACUUCCUCCCAUGAACCCUUACUUCAUUACGUUAUUCAAUUUUCAUGCAUUUGUGAAAGGUGAAUGUAGCCAUUUUGUGAAAAAAUCUGGUGUUGAGUCAUAGUGCGGGUUUUAGUUUGGGCGUUCCGGUUUUUUGCAUUAAACAGCCAAAUUUAUCCGUAAUGGCUGAAAGAGAUGAAAAUGUGUAUAAAGCAAAACUCGCGGAGCAGGCAGAAAGGUAUGAUGAAAUGGUGGAAGCCAUGAAAAAGGUGGCUUCGCUGGAUGCCGAACUCACAGUCGAAGAACGUAACUUGCUGUCGGUUGCUUAUAAAAAUGUGAUUGGUGCCAGGCGAGCAAGUUGGAGGAUCAUAAGUUCAAUAGAGCAGAAGGAAGAAACUAAGGGUGCGAAAGAAAAGUUGGCGAUGAUACAGGCUUACCGAGGCCAGGUCGAAAAGGAAUUGAAUGACAUUUGUCAAGAUAUUCUGGGCCUUUUGGACAAGCAUCUCAUCCCUUCUGCCUCGACUGGUGAAUCGAGAGUAUUCUAUUACAAGAUGAAAGGUGAUUACCAUCGUUACCUGGCCGAAUUUGCAACCGGGAAUGACAGGAAGGAAGCUGCAGAAAACUCCCUUGUUGCUUACAAAGCCGCAAGUGAUAUUGCAGUUACCGAGUUGUCACCCACGCAUCCGAUCAGGUUGGGGCUUGCCCUAAAUUUCUCGGUGUUUUACUAUGAGAUCUUGAAUUCACCAGAUCGAGCAUGCAGGUUGGCCAAGGCAGCAUUUGAUGACGCCAUCGCCGAGUUGGAUACCCUGAGUGAAGAGAGCUACAAGGAUUCGACACUCAUCAUGCAGUUGCUGCGAGACAACCUCACCUUGUGGACCUCCGACAUGCAAGGAGCCGAACAGAAGGAUCAAGCAGAAGAUAACGAGGAUCAAGUUGUGUCCUAACUUUUUUGUGAUGUUGAAUGUAGGGCAACUCCUGUAAAAUGUAAAAAGGACACUAUAAUAUAAUCUGUAUUUGUGGCUGUAAUCAAAAUCAGAACUGGCUGAUUGAACUUGAGCACACAAUGUAGAAUACGCUUAAUUGAGAAGUGUGUAGCUCAGCAACGUUCCAGAAUGAUAAGUGAAUGGCAAAUUUCUAAGACUUUUGGACAUUAUUUUACUACUUUUCAGCUGAUCUAGAUAAAUUUUCUUGUUAGGCUGCUUAACUUUAAUGUGCUAUUGUUUGGAUGUAAUUGGUGUCAUUGGAUUUACAAAAUAUAAAAAAAAUUUAUUAGCUAUUAAAUUAAAAUAUGUUUAAACAUUUGGACUUGGUAUUUACAUGUUUGAUCAUAAGCUUGUACAAUGAUGGGUUGUUCAUUCUGUAUACGGCAUAAAGUUGACAAGGCUGAAUCUCCAGUAUUGCUAUUUGUAUCACAAUUUGGUGCAAAAAGGGCUUAGGUUACAGGUUUUUUUUUUAGGAGUGUUGUCAGUUGGACUGAGUAUUCGGAUUGUUUAAACUGCCUGCUGUGAGGAAGUUGCACGUGAGUUGGCCACGUAACUUCUCUAAGACCUCACCGUUACAGCACAGAGGCUUUGUUUUAUUAUUUAACUCAAGUUCACGAUUUUGCAGCAGCUCUGCUUGCAUUUAUUUUGUCAGUGCAUGUGUGGGACCGAACGUAAUGUGUUAUAGGAGCCAUUAUUCUGUACCCUCAAAGUACAAUUAUUUUGUAGGAAUUUCUUAUAAUAUUGCUGUUUCCAUUUAAGUGGCAUCACAUUUGUACAUUUCAGUUAUUGCUGUCAGCAGUCAGCAUAUCGGAAAUGUAAAGGUAUUAAAUUUUCUAGCAUGUUUCAUUGUUAAAUUCAGGUAGAAUACUCAAACCCGAUUAAAAUUUUACUUGCAGUAGUAUUGACAACUAGAUUUAAUGUAUUUGUUGUAAUGGCGAAACGUGUGCACCGUUAGUCAUGUAAUAAAGUAUUGUAGAGUAUUUUUUCUGUUGGAUCUAGCAAUAUAAAUUCUUGAUUAGUUGAGUCCAUUUGCUUGUUUUACUUACUCUGUUCUUUUUCAUUACAUUUUUGAUAUCUUAAAAGCACAAGUUUGAAUAUCUAGUCAGAAAGAUUUUAACAUGCAUUUGUGAACACUUUUUUAAAGAAAAAAUUUUUACAUCUCUGCUCACCAUUCCUCUCAAAUAGUUUAGUGUUUUCCUUUAAUGUGCAGAUUUUUAUCGUAUAAAUAGUUGCGCCACAAAGUGAAUAAAAUGUGUAAUUCCACUGCACUGCUUAGUCAAAACUUGCAUCAUAUCACAUUACUUAUGUGUCUAUGUAUUGUGUGUUAACAAAGAAAUGAGUGUUAUUCUCAUGAAUGUGAGUAUUUUUAUGUAUUCCUAAUUUUCCAGCCGUGUUGUGAUCUUCAUAAUUUCAUGUUCGUGUCUUCUAGUUUAUUCAUAGUGAUAUAUGCCUCUACAAACAUUUCAUUCCAUCUUUUUUUUUUUUUUUCAUUCAUUGAUCUUGCCAUUCUCAUGUUUAGGUAACAGGACUGUUUUCAUGUAAAAUUUGUUUUGUAGCUGAAAAUUUUUGUGAAAUAUAUUGCCCAAUAAUUCUGUUAUCUA